CCGCUACAGCCCAGACUUUUGUCCCUAACAAGUUUCCGUCCCUGUGUUAUUACCUCAGUGUCUGGGACAUCGGCUCUGAGAGAAGGACCAGGAUGACUACAGCAGCACGGCCAACAUUUGAGCCUGCUCGAGGUGGGCGGGGCAAAGGAGAGGGCGAUCUGAGUGCUCUCUCUAAACAGUACUCCAGCAGAGACCUGCCAGGACACACCAAGAUCAAAUACAGACAGCCCACUCAGGAUGCUCCUGAGGAAGUGCGUGCUCGUGAUUUUAGGCGGGAGCUGGAGGAGAGAGAGAGGGCAGUCGUCAAAAACAGAGAGAGAGGAGCAAGAGAACACACCUCUUCUUCCUCCUCCUCUUCCUCAUCUAAGCGCCCAAGACUUGAUCAGAUACCUGCUGCAAACCUGGACGCAGAUGACCCUCUCACUGAUGAGGAUGAGGACUCUGACUCCGCCUCUGACAGUGAUGAUGACACUGCAGCCCUGCUGGCCGAACUUGAGAAAAUCAAGAAGGAAAGAGCAGAGGAGCAGGAGAGGAAGGAGCGGGAGCAGAAAGCGGAGGAGGAGAGAAUUCGGAUGGAGAACAUUCUGAGUGGAAAUCCACUUCUGAACCUCGCUGGACAACAAACACAGACACAGAAUACCUUCAGGGUAAAACGCAGGUGGGACGAUGAUGUUGUCUUUAAAAACUGUGCCAAAGGUGUGGACGAGUCUCGUAAGGAGAAGCGCUUUAUUAAUGACACUCUACGCUCUGAAUUCCACAAAAAGUUUAUGGAGAAAUAUGUCAAAUAACCCACAUGACCUUUAACCUUUUAUUGUUUUACAUUAUUCUGAUGAUUUCUGGUUUAUUUUGUUGGUUAUUGUGUGUAAUUAAAGCCUUUGAUCUCUA